GCCCUGGCAAUAGCCGCUCCUGCCAGGCACCAACGUGGCGGCCGCCGACGUCAUAUGACGGCGCCAGUCGCCCCAGAGGCUGCACGUGGGCUCGGAUUUGGGAAGAUUGCAGGCUGGGCCAUGGACACACCGCAGAGGCGCAGCCGGCGGCUGGAAGGCCUAAAGCCUGAAUCCUCCGAGAGCACCACCUCAGUUUUGCGGGCGAGACGGGCCCUUGUGAAGUCUAAGUCGAACCCAGAAAAAACGAGCGAGCACGAGUCUCUUCGGAGUGCGCAGCAACCCGGCCUGGGGUCCCCCAGACGUCAGCCGGAGACAUACCCGGGAUCACCCAGUCUACAGCAGGAGGCAGGCUUGGGAUCCCCCGGAAGGGAGCUAGAUCCGGUUUCAGCAACCCCCCAGAGUCAGCAACAUCCAGGCCUGGAGUCGCCCCGAAGACAGAAGGAGUGGAGUCCUGAAUCCCUCCGACGUCAGCUAAAGGCAAGUGGGGAGUCACCAAAGUUCUUCCAGAGCCAUGAAGAACCGGACGCGGAGCUGGCCCACAGUAAGGAGGAGCUAGCCCCGGGGUCUCCCCGACAUCAGUUGCAGCCGGGCCCAGGAUCACCAGAGCCUUACCCCGGUCAGCAAGCCCCGGGUCCGGAGCCCUCGCCGCCACUACAGGAGCUGACACCCCAGUCAGCCGGCACCCCUCGGGGUCAGCACGAGCCGAGCAAGCCACCUCCCGCCGGGGAGCCGCGGAGAGACGGCCUAGGGCCAAAGAAGCGAAAAGGAUCUUCAGACCAGGCCCCAGCGUCCAAGAAGUUGAAGGAGGAGGUGGAGGUUCCUAUAAUCCCGAAGGGAAAGCCCAAGUCGGGGCGGGUGUGGAAGGACCGCUCCAAGAAGAGGUUUUCCCAAAUGGUUCAGGACAAGCCCCUGCGCACAUCCUGGCAGCGGAAGAUGAAGGAACGGCAGGAGAAGAAGCUGGCCAAGGAUUUUGCCCGGCACCUGGAGGAGGAGAAGGAGAGACGCCGGCAGGAGAAGAAGCAGCGCCGAGCCGAGAACCUGAAACGCCGCCUGGAGAACGAACGCAAGGCAGAGAUUGUCCAAGUGAUCCGAAACCCCGCCAAGCUCAAGCGGGCGAAGAGGAAGCAGCUGCGCUCCAUCGCGAAGCGGGACACCCUGGCUCUGCUGCAGAAGGAGCCGCCCCAGCGGCCAGCCGCCGAGGUCUGAGCUCAGGACAGCCCGGAGGCCUCCCGUAGCCAACCGCCACAUCGGGCACGGCACGUCUCGGGCCACUGGUCACACACCUCUGCUCGGCCUGGCACUCCUAACGCUGGCUCCAAAACGGAGACUCCACCCCAGACGGAGCUCAGCCUUUGAGGGGUCUAGGGCAGGUCUUCAUGGGACGGAGGCCCAGAGGGAGCCUGGGACCUGGCAAAGACUGCGGGGGGCGGGAAGAGCUUCAGCCCCCUCCUCUCCCCUUCACCCUCCUUCUCCAAGUACCUUCAAACCAAGGAGAGUAGGUUCUGGUUCCUCAGGGAGCUGGUGACUCCCCAAAACGUAUAUGUUCAUCUCAAGGCCCUGGGUCCAACCCAGGCCAGGAGGCCAGCAGUCAGAAAUCCAGCUCGCCCACACCGUCCCGUGGGCUGCUUUGGGUACCUCUGUACCCCACUGUCACCCAGCAAACUGAGUCUGGCUGCACCCCACUUUGCAACACUGCAAGAUGAAAAUGGGGGGGCUGCAGGGAGCAGGGUUCCUCGCUAGCAUUCUCCUUCCUGUAGCCGACUGCGGAAGCCCCACAGGUCUGAAUAACUCAUGUCCAUCCAGCCUACAACAAAAGUAUUUAUUGAAUGCCUGCUGUGUACAGGCAUAGUUCUAGGUAUCCGGGAAUACAGAGAACAGACAAAGAUUCCUGCCCUCAAGGAGCUUUCAUUCUGAUGGAGAAAACAUAAUAAGCAAGUAAAAUAUAUUGUGUGUCAGAUGGCAAAAGUAGUAUGAGUAAAGCAGGGGAGGGGUGGGAGGGAACCUGGGUGAGGUGUUACAAUGGGAUGUCUGUUCCGUCAGCUGUACAUCUGUUGAGUUUGUUAGGCGUUUGCUGAGGGUGAGGCCACGCCUGCCACUGGGAGUAAACUGUAACCUCAGGACCCAGGGACCUCAGCCCCGGGCUGGCACAAGAACUGGACCAAAAUGCCGAGAGUUUCUCAUCCUGUCUCUUCCACUAGUGUUUCAUUCACCAAAUGUUUACUGGCACCAGAUCUGCGCCAGGCCCUGGGAUGCAGAGCAAAUACAGCAGUCUCUGUCCUCAAGCCCUUCGUGGGUAGAGAAACAGACAUGGUGCAGUGGAUGUGCCGUGGCAGAGAUACAAGUGACGCCUCACAUCUGCAAAUGGGAGUGACAGCUGCCCAGCCCCUGUGU